CACCCAGCUGUGCGAAGAGAGCAAUAGUUUCUACAUAACAACUCCCAUCUUCUAUGUCAAUGCUUCUCCUCAUCUCGGACACCUGUAUUCAGCUGUCAUAGCUGACUGUUUACACAGGUCCAAACGCCUUCAGGGAAGUGACUCCAGGUUUGCUACAGGAACAGAUGAACAUGGUUUGAAAAUCCAGCAAGCAGCUGAAGCUGCAGGCAAAGAUCCACUCACUUUCUGCACUGAUGUGUCUGAGCGAUUCAGACAUCUUUUCAACAGCUGCAACAUUUCAUUUACGGACUACAUCAGAACCACCGAGCAGAGGCAUCGCCAGGUCGUGGAGCAUUUCUGGUCAGUGCUCUGGAACAAAGGACUCAUCUACAAAGGGGUUUAUGAAGGCUGGUACUCCACGCAGGAUGAAAACUUCCUCCUGCCGUCGCAGGUCGGUGAAGCUCAGGACUCGUCAGGGACGGAGAUCAAAGUGUCACUGGAGAGUGGACACAAGGUGGAGUGGAUGAAAGAGGAGAACUACAUGUUCAGACUGUCCGAGUUCCGGUCGCAGCUGAUUAACUGGUUAAGAGAAAACCCCARGGCGGUCCAGCCCGAGCGCUUCCACCAGACUGUUGUUCAGUGGCUGCAGGAAGACCUGCCCGACCUCUCRGUGUCCCGUCAGAGAAGUCGUCUCCAGUGGGGCAUCCCAGUGCCAGGAGACGCUGAACAAACCAUCUACGUAUGGCUUGACGCUCUCGUGAAUUACCUCACGGUUGUUGGCUAUCCACAUAAACACGACCAAUGGUGGCACGUGGCUCGUCACGUUAUUGGAAAAGACAUUUUAAAAUUCCACGCCAUCUACUGGCCAGCUUUCCUCCUAGGAGCUGGACUCCCACUGCCGCAGGUCAUAUAUGUACACUCGCACUGGACUGUAGGAGGAAAGAAGAUGUCUAAAAGUUUGGGUAAUGUCAUAGAUCCACUUGAACACUCRGAGAAAUUUACAAAUGAUGGGAUGAGGUACUUCCUGCUGCGUCAAGGGGUCCCAGACUCGGACUGCGAUUACAAACAGGACAAAGUUACGAAGCUGCUCAAYGCGGAGCUCGCCAACACUUUAGGCGGUUUACUGAACCGCUGCACAGCUCCAGCUCUGAACCCRGCUCAGGUCUACCCCUCCUUCUGCUCUCGGUCCUUUUCCGAYGACCACGAAGGCAGAGCGGUGGCCGAGGACCAUCACAUGUUGGCUGCGGUGAAAGGUCUUCCAGCUGUGGUGGAACUGCACUACGAGAGCAUGCACGCAUAUAAAGCCUUGGAGGCGAUCAUUACCUGCGUGAGACAAACCAACGGGUUCGUUCAGCGCCACAAACCUUGGAAGCUGGAUGUAGAGGAUAGUAAAGACCAGCGUUGGCUAGACACCCUCAUCCACGUGUCUUUUGAAUGUCUGCGAAUUUAUGGGACUCUCCUCCAGCCAGUGGUGCCAGACAUUUCUGAUAAGCUGCUCACUAGACUCGGGGUGCGACCAGAUGAGAGGAGCUGGAAAACUCUGAACUUCCUGCCGAAGCWUUGGGGCAUGGAUUGCCCCUUCGAAGGGAGACCACUGGGACCUGACAACGGAGUGCUUUUUAGACGCUUGGAAACUCAAAGUAGUGAUAAACAAGGGCCGGAAAAACCAAAAAGAGCUGCAAAUCUGAAAUAACAUUCGAUAUUUUCAUCAAAACGUUUGCCAUAAAAAGGUCACGUGUUGAGAAGUCUUGUAACUGAUAGAAAUGUUACAAACAGGAAAAAUCUGCUUCAUCAAAAUAUUUCAGUACAUUAGAAUAAAGAGCCUUUUUCUUUUUAA